AUGGCUUUAGUCCAGUCCUCUGCUCUUUGCUUUAGUGCUAUUCCUUCAGAAUUUCGACCGUCUUCUUGGUGGAAUCAGUUGUCAAGUUCAUUAGAUUCAAGAUCGUGUACUUCUAUGAAAGCCUACAGCUUAACAUCAACGCCAUCAACUCCUCCAUCGUUCCGAUUUUCUUCUUCAUCUUAUGAACAUUCAGGUUGGACAGUUAUAUGUUGAACAUAAUCUGUCAUCAUGUUAUAAAUUCAUAGAACAAUCAUGCUCGCUCAUUUGAAAUUAUCUCUCAACCAUGGCUAAAUAGAGG